AUGGAAAUUCUAGUUAAAUUGGCCUUGAUUGCAAUCGCGCUGGUUCAAGUCGAAAGUGAAUUGAACGCGACCAGUGAUGUUGAUAAGAAAAGUGUAGUUUUGUCUCGAAGGAAAAGGUUUUUAGUGUUCCCUGAGGGAAGUUCUGUUCAGUUGGUAUUCUGCAACACUUUCCCCAACAUAUCCCCACAAGGGGACAUCGUGCUAUGGGGCUACACCGCUGCUUUGGCCUACGAGUUGCCCCAAGACCCGUAUUCUCCCUUCAACCAUAAGGCAGACCCAUUACAUAGAAGAGCUGAUAGCAAGGCCAUAUACUAUACUGAUGAGGAUGGAAAAGUCAUUUAUAAGAGGCCUUAUCAAAGAAAGUUUAUCGUAAAUCCAGCGUUCGCAAAGCGGAGCGUUGACGGUGUGCUUCCAUCGCCCCAAUUCAAAAAAGGAACGCGAGAGAAAUUCAAAAUAGACAGGAAGCAGAUGCACGCUUCGAAAAACAAACGGCAGUUUUUGAAAAGCGAAUGCAUGGAGGCCGGUAACGUCGAAUUUCACAGAAGUAACCGUGGGACUCUUUAUCAGAAAAUUGAGGCGGCUCUCAGAGGUCUUGGCGCAAACGGCAAGGAGUGUCUGCUGAGGACCAUAUGCUUGGUUGGACAAGCACAGCACCAUCCGCAAGGAGAGUUCUUACAAGAGAUUAUGAGAGCUGUGUUCACAAUACCAAGCAGCAAAUCUGCGUCUGGUGAUGACUACAAGGAGUAUGAUGAAGCCUUCAGCCAAACGAAGCCGUGUGCAGAAGUUUAUCCUGACUGCGAAGAAACUGUUGAAGAGAAUAUACCAUCACUGAGCUUUUAA